CCCGGCCCAGCUGCAGGAUGCCAAACUGGGGAGGAGGAAAGAAGUGUGGUGUCUGCCAGAAGGCAGUGUACUUUGCUGAGGAGGUGCAAUGUGAAGGCAGCAGCUUCCACAAGUCCUGCUUCUUGUGCAUGGUCUGUAAGAAGAACCUGGACAGCACCACUGUUGCUGUGCAUGGAGAGGAGAUCUACUGCAAGUCCUGCUACGGCAAGAAGUACGGUCCCAAGGGCUAUGGAUACGGGCAGGGAGCAGGGACCCUGAGCACUGACAAGGGAGAGUCUCUGGGAAUCAAAUAUGAAGAGGGCCAGCCCCACCGACCCACCAACCCUAACGCUUCCAGAAUGGCCCAGAAGGUCGGAGGUGCUGAUGGGUGCCCUCGCUGUGGGCAGGCAGUGUAUGCAGCUGAGAAGGUGAUUGGAGCUGGAAAGUCCUGGCACAAGUCCUGCUUCCGCUGUGCCAAGUGUGGCAAAAGCCUGGAGUCCACCACCCUGGCAGACAAAGAUGGGGAGAUCUACUGCAAAGGUUGCUACGCCAAGAACUUUGGUCCCAAGGGCUUUGGCUUUGGGCAAGGUGCCGGUGCACUCGUCCACUCGCAGUGAGGCACCAGGAGCCGGGCUCUACUUGCCCAGGGCUUGUCUAUACCAGCCUGUGCUGCCCAACCCUUCCUACACCCGCAGUGAGCAUCUUCACCAUCAUCAGUAACCACCUGCUGCUUCACAGCAUGAGCCCCUUCCUCCCUGCCCUGACCCAGCACACCCCAAAGCCAGGGGACUCCCAACAUCGUCCCCAUCAGGUCCUGCUGGUGCGGUGCUGGGGGGGGAGACAGCUCACACACACCCACAGCGAGGCCCCUGUGCCCGAAACGUUCUGCUCCGCGUUGCCCAUCCCGCCGGGAUGGGUGCUCAGCUGUGCCGUGCCACCGAGCAAGCAAUAAACAUCAAAGCUGACCCA